UUUUUUACACGUAUCAAACAAAACAAAAGCGGGGAGAUUACCGGUCAAUAGUUCGUCGGUACGGACUGAUUCUUCUUUGUUCGUAAUUAACGAUAAGGGGUUAAUUGAUUUUAAACGAUUUUCGCAAUGCUUUGGAAGGCUGUCAUAUCCUCUUUGCUAAUAAUCCUUUUUUAUGGUGCAACGCAAACCAAUGGCGAAAAAUAUCCUGUAGUAAUGUGGCAUGGAAUGGGAGACACCUGCUGUUUCCCAUUUAGCCUGGGUUCCAUUAAGAAGCUAUUGGAGCAGGAACUUAAUCAAACCUAUGUCAAAUCAUUGCGUAUCGGUAGCAAUUUGAUCAUGGACUAUGAAAGUGGUUUCUUCAUACACCCAAACAAGCAGGUCGAUUAUGUUUGUCAAGAAUUGGCCAAAGAUGAAAAGUUGAAAGAUGGCUAUAAUGCGAUUGGCUUUAGUCAGGGAGGACAAUUUUUACGUGCCUUGGCGCAACGUUGUCCUUUGCCACCCAUGAAAGUCCUAAUCUCAAUGGGUGGUCAACAUCAAGGAGUUUUUGGUUUACCCAAAUGUCCUUCGCUUUCAUCGAAAACCUGCGAAUAUAUACGCCGUAUACUGAAUACUGCAGCCUAUGAAGAAUGGGCCCAAAUGGAUUUGGUACAGGCGACCUAUUGGCAUAAUCCCCUCAAGGAACGAGACUACAUAGCUCAUAGUACUUUCUUGGCUGAUAUCAAUAAUGUGGUCUUCACCAAUGGUUUAUAUGCCGAACACUUGAAUCGUUUGGACAAGUUUGUUAUGGUCAAAUUCUUGAAUGAUACUAUUGUCCAGCCCAAGGAAUCUCAGUGGUUUGAAUUUUAUAAACCAGGGCAGGAUAAGGAAAUUCUGCCCUUGAAAGAGAGUAAAGUUUAUGAACAGCUCGGUCUUAACCAAAUGGAUAUAAAUCAGAAACUGGUCUUCUUGGCCACCGAAGGCGAUCAUUUGCAGUUCGAUAGAAAAUGGUUUUUGGAGAAUAUAAUACCAUUGUUGAGUCAAGAGAAGAAAUAGAGGUGACAGUCUCCAAUAAGUGGAACAAGAAACUUCAAACCAAAUAAUAUGUAAAUAUAUAAGUUGUAAUAUUAAACCAUAAUAAUUUUCAUUUUAAUAAAAGUGGAUUUUUAAAAUA